UAUCGCCGCUACGGACGUGUGAGGCGGAAAGAAGAGAGAAGUGUGUGUAAUCAUGGAAAACACCUCUUUUUAGUUUAAACAACAUCUUACCACCAUCUUUUAUACAACAACCCACAUGUUAAAUCUUGCUACACACACAACCCUUCGUUCCCAACUUGUUUGUUUUCUCUCUCUCUGUCUAUCUCUCUCUCGGCUUCGGUUCGACUCUUGUCUUGUUAGCCUCAUUCGAUCUAGUCCGUUUAUUACCGUUCUCGAGCCCUGUGGUAUCGCAUCCCUUCCAACCUGUAAUCCAUAACCCACAGUUGUUCCCACCGCGUACGUAACGCUCAUCCCGACUACGUGAAGACAUGGCGUAUCAACGCAUCGCUCGCCCGCGAUGACCUCUAGGCCCCCCUUGGCCGUCCCCCAGCGACAGCCUCAGAGAACAUUAAGCGGCUCGGGGUUGUCGCAGUCCCCUACUCACCAGCGAACCCUAUCGCAGCAAUAUUUACCCUCAUCCCCUAUACGAAAGUCGGAAAGCUUUAAUGAGCAGUCUGUCGACGCCGGCGAUGUCGCACAAAAUAGAUUUACCACCCUCGCUAGAAGAGGAGGGUCGAAGCUCAAGCUCGAGCUGGCCAAUGAUGGCAUUGAGCAUCCCGGCUUCAGUGAAUCCCCGCAGAAUUUGGAUGCCCUAUCCGCUAACAAGGCCUUUACCCCGUCGCGAAUCAUGUCUAUGAAUGAUGCAUCUGAUGCUGGCGAUCUAACUCCCCGGACGUCGAGAUGUCAGACGGCUGACGAUGAUUCGGUUCCUCUCCCCAUGCCGCCUCGUCGGAUUCGAUUCGUUGUACCCGUUAAACGACCGGAACCUUCGAGUACCAAUACCAAUACCACUACUACUCCUACCCCUAAGAAGGACACUCGUCCAAAGCCCUUCGUCCUCGAACCACCAUCGAUUGCUCCUCGCUACCCCAACGCGGGCAAGUCGGAUUCCACCGGUAAAACUAGAGCCAAGGAUGUGCCCGCUCGUGCGUGUACUGACCCAUGUAUAGGAGUCGCCGAUUUCUAUCGUUGGAACGGGUCACAUCCGGAGGACCAAUUCUCUGAUAAUAUCAUCAGGCAUGGAUAUUUCGAUAAGGCGCCGGCACAAUCCACGCAGGAGCCGGCGUCAGCCAAGGCUUCGUUAUUUCCUGCGCUGAAACAUAAAACUGGUCUUCACACAUUAUCAACCGUUUUCACUAGCAUCCUUAAUCAGAGGAGACAUAAUGGCCAGAUCACUUCGGCUUCUACCUUCAAACCUCCACCUCGAGUUACGCUAACUGACACCAAAAGAGAGGUAUGGCUCAAAGAUCUUGCUAAUCCAGCUAUCUCUCUCAGACGUCUGAGUCGAACUAUCCCCCAUGGUAUUCGUGGGAAGGUCUUGCUUGAACAAUGUUUAAAUAAGAACGUUCCCACGGAACGCGCUGUCUGGCUUGCAAAAUGUGUCGGCGCCAACGAGAUACGGGCUUUCAAGAGGAAGGGGGCCAACGGUGUCCUUGUUAUGGGCGGAGGCGGAGAAGCCAAAUGGAUUAGGGACUGGACAGUGUUUGUCGAACAGUUCGUCGAGGCCGUCUGCAACAAUUUCAGCAAGAAUGAUUGGAAGGCCAAAGUUACAUAUGCGAUCCGCCUCGCUACUCAUCUUUACGCAGAACACCUUUUAGACCGCGAUCAUUAUAUGGACUGGCUAGUUGCUGGCUUGGAGAAUAGCAACCAGGCCAAGCUCCCCAUGUGGCUUUUGAUCAUCCAAAUAUACUGGAAAGACCUUCUCAAAUUAAGGAGACAUGGUCGACGCUUAGUUAGCGCCAUUCUCUCUCAUCAUUCUUCUAUAUAUCACCAUCCUGAUCGUGAUAUUUUACUCCCUCUUGCUACGCGCUUGCAGUCGCUUGUAGAGUCAUUGCUUCUUAUUUGCCCAGAGAAUUUCAUCAAUCCGGGAGCUUGGUUCAAGUUUCGAGAUUCUCUAGCUGAGCCUCCUAGAUCUGGAAAUAAUGAAGCUAGAUCACGGGCUUUUAAAUCAAUCGAUUUGCGGAAUAACUAUUUAACUAGUUCUAACGCCAAAUCACCGCCUGCUCUCCGAAGCAUAGUAGUACAAUUACUUGAUAGUAUACACCGAACACCUCUCGACACGGAUAUUCCAAAGCGACUUUGGAAAACCAGCGAUAACAAGUUGCCUAUAAUUAGAACUAUUGUCGAAUGGUGCACUUCGCUGUACAGGCCUGGGAUUGCGAAAGUGUACAUUGCUACAACACUUCUGCGUUCGCCAUCUGUAUCAGAUGUCGAUAUCACCGGCGCUGUGCUAGAUUUUCUAGAUACUGACCCAUUAAAAGAAACUGCCCGGAAGCAGCUAGUAUACUAUCUCGUGUCAGAACUCGUCCGCUCUGGUCACUUCUCAGUUCCUCGGUACAUCCAAUGGCUCAUAUCCCGCGGCGGAUUUUCUCUUUCCUCUGAAGCAGCACCCGACGGGCCAUGUUUCACGAGGUUGCUUGUUGAGUUGCCACUCCAUUCCCUAAACGACUCCAUGAAAAAUUUGAGGGGAACUUUACUGCGAAGGGCGUCGUAUUCAGUCGAUUAUGAGGCGCAGGACAUAGCAAUAGCUAUCAGUUGUAUCAAGAGUACGCUCUCUGUUCCAUUGGGACCCGAAGAUCCGCCGCCCCCGAACAUGCCCAUGAGUCUAAACAAGCUAUCGAGGCGGAUUAAUUUGAGCAGUCGUUCUCUAAAGACAACUAUUUCCUCGUGGCUCAGCCAUGUUUUCGUUAGCGGCGUAGUUCAGAGUUCGCAACCCGGCAAAGGCGGUGUUGAACUACCUAAGACCACGUUUGAGCUGGUUCGGACUUUACUCGAAGCCGCCGAGGAUUAUACUAUGCUCGAAGAGGUCUUAAAGCUAACGGCGACCUACUCGAAUGCAGAGCUUCUCGCACUCUGCGCUGACACCAUCAAUCUCCAUUUACGAGUGUUCAUAGCAACCGGAGCAGCUAAGCCACUUUUCCAAAGUCUAUAUGAGCGACUUAAAAUUAUCAUGGAGGAGCAAGGUGUCGGGGCCCGACCACUUUUGGCUUCUCUUGCUCAUCUUGCAACCCGUCUACCCGGCCUAGAAGACGUGGCGACCCAGCUACAAAAUGACCUGAUACGUAUAGACCGUAGCAGCGCUGCCGAUGCCUCAUCGCCACUAUCCGACAACAUGGCUACCCAACUUCAAGACGCCGAAACUGAACUAAGUGAGCAAAUUGAAAAGCUUGCUAGUUACACGAGUGCCGAUAGACCGACAAUGGAACGCUUAUUCUACGCUAUUAUCAAGAAACUACAGGUUUACUGGGGUAAAGCAGACGAGCGUCAGCGACUUUGUUGCAUCCUUCUCACGAGGCUUCGUGUAUUUGAUAUUCAACAUUUCAACGAACUUAUGAGAGGAUGGAUCCAGCACAUUCGGAAGCUGACGAAUAGACCACACAUUGACCAGUUAUUUCCGCCCCUGGUGAGUUCGGGCUGCUUACCUCUCUCAAUACUAUUCGCAACCGCCCCUCGGAACCAAGAUCAAACGGGCAUCCAACCCCAGCCGAGCGCAGUCGGGUCUGCUUCUAUCUACAUGCAAGAGAUAUUACAAAUGCUGGUUAUGCCAUGCAGCCCUAGUCCUGUAAUGACUUCAGAGGACUGCUAUCGUUUUCGUAUUGCGCAGGAUCGUGCAAGGUGUGAGCAUGCCAGGGAACUGAUGCCCUUGAUCCGUGGGGCAUUGGCCGAGUAUUCAACCUCCCUCAAUCAGCACCCGUCGAUCUCCCAGCCGUUGGAUAAUAAACUCUUCGAGUCUAAAGUACUAGAAGUUCUCCGAUCUCUAGUCCUUGUCGAUCCGAAUGCCGCCAGCCAAAUCGUUUCGAUCAAAAGUCCCGACCCGAAAUUAGCGACGCUUAUUGAAACGUGGACUACGAAGUUGCUGAUACCCAACAGCGAGGGUGGCCAGAAAUCGUUCGAGCAGGUUUUAGAAUUGGCAAACGAAUUCGCGUUACCCUUUUGCCAGGUCAAGCUUUCUUUAAACCUUGCAGUUGAUGAAUCGGGAUCACCUGAGACAUCGGAGAGAACGCAGUCUCAAUUUGAGCUACUAUCGAAGGCACUCGACAACGCUAUCGAUGCUAAUAACAUCAUGUGGACAGGCAUGCUCCCUUCUCUAAGUCCUGACAUCACGCAGCAUAUGAGGAACCGAGCGGAGUCGCGCUUGCUCGAUAUCAUUCCAUCUCUCAAGAACCCUCCCGGGGAUGGUACUUUUGACAGAGAUAUUCAUAUGGCGGAAAAUCUUUUGACAGUUAUAGAUUCCAUAUUCCGCGGAGGGUCAGGGUCGAAAGUAGUCCAAUUUUCUAGUGCUUUAGUAGACAAACUUGCGGACUUGUGGGAUAUCUUGGCCUCAAGGAAUAGCGAGUACGCAUCGCUUAAAGCCGCCGUGCUUUCACGCUGGCUACCUCUUAUAUUUUCUUACCUGACGCUUUUCACCUCACCAUCCACCAGUGCAUUAGAUGCGUCACGCGUGUCUGGUGGUGAAAUCCGGGGGCGUGCUUUGGUCGUACUCGCAGGUCUCAUUCAGGAGCUCGAUAACCAUCCGUCCGCAAAUCUUGGACAGAAGGCCUUCGACAUCGCGCUCGUGCUAGCGGACAACUUACCCGAAGAGGCGCGCUUGCAGUGCGUACGAGCGGUUAGAGACGCCACAGCUGACCCCAGGAUCAGGUAUUUAUUCAGCUUCGCUCCUAAUCCUGCGGAGAACUUGAUGCUGGCCCAUCGCGAGAAACCACCCCAUGGAAUACAGGAAAGAAGGGCAAUGGCGAUGGGGAUGAACAUAAUACCAGAGAAACUAACCCCUUUUGUGUUCAGGAGGUGGGAAAUUCUCAACGAACCCACUCCUGUUGUGGGCGAGAACGACACGAGCUUAAGCUUGACGCUGUUCGACGCCAGGAAGAUAAAGUAAUACGCUCUUCUGGUGGGCCUAUACGCUCUACCUUCUUAUUUUUUAAUGCCUUCUGGCAUGUAUCGAUACAGAUUAGAAUUCCUUAC